UUACCAAAGGGGGUGCAUGGACUAAGUAGUAGAACGAACAACACUAAAACGAAAAAGUGAAGGUUACGACGGUAUGUCGUGGCAUGGCUCUGCGCACGACUAGUCCUUUUCUCGCGUGGCGCUUCCAAUGCAUUCUAGGAAUGAGCGGUUCAGUUGUAGCUGAGAAACCUCGGCUAACUCGAUUUGGGAAGACCUAUCCGACCCAAUUUCAGCAUAACCCAGCUUUAUCUCUCUCCGCAUCAUGCAAGCGUACGUGUUUGUUGGACUUUAAGCCCUGUUCUCCCAUUGCCGAACACGUUAGCAUCGGGGGAGAAGCAGGGAUGAUUGCGUUCAUCAAUUUAGAUGGACUUAUGCCCGUGGCAGACAAUGUUCAUUAUGGGACUUACUCGAUGGAGCUUACGUCAAUACUAAAUUAUUAGCUAUUACGCCACUGAACCGACUAGCGAGAAUUCUUGGCAUAUGUACGU